GCAAAAGACAGUGAUGAUGAAGAGGAGGUGGUCCACGUGGAUCGAGACCACUUUAUGGAUGAGUUCUUCGAGCAGGUGGAAGAGAUCCGAGGCUGCAUCGAGAAACUGUCUGAGGAUGUGGAGCAAGUGAAAAAACAGCACAGCGCCAUUCUUGCUGCCCCCAACCCUGAUGAGAAGACUAAACAGGAGCUGGAGGACCUCACGGCAGACAUCAAAAAGACGGCAAACAAGGUCCGGUCCAAGUUGAAAGCGAUCGAACAAAGCAUUGAGCAGGAAGAGGGGCUGAAUCGUUCCUCCGCGGACCUGCGUAUCCGCAAGACCCAGCACUCCACACUCUCACGGAAGUUCGUGGAGGUAAUGACCGAAUAUAAUGCAACUCAGUCCAAGUACCGGGACCGCUGCAAGGACCGAAUCCAGAGGCAGCUGGAGAUCACUGGCAGGACUACUACCAACGAAGAACUGGAAGACAUGUUGGAAAGCGGGAAGCUGGCCAUCUUCACUGACGAUAUCAAAAUGGACUCGCAGAUGACGAAGCAAGCCCUGAAUGAGAUUGAGACAAGGCACAAUGAGAUCAUCAAACUGGAAACCAGCAUCCGAGAGCUGCACGACAUGUUUGUGGACAUGGCCAUGCUUGUAGAGAGCCAGGGUGAGAUGAUCGACCGAAUUGAGUACAACGUGGAACAUUCCGUGGACUACGUGGAAAGAGCUGUGUCCGACACCAAGAAAGCUGUGAAAUAUCAGAGCAAGGCCAGGAGGAAGAAAAUUAUGAUCAUCAUUUGCUGUGUGGUGCUGGGGGUGGUCUUGGCGUCAUCCAUUGGGGGGACACUGGGCUUGUAGGCCUCUACCCUUCUCUUCCCCAGGACCCUCCCCACACAUCGGGAGCAAUACCCCCCACCCUUUCACUUUUCCCCCUGCUCCAAGCUCACUCCCAAAACAGACCCAGGCCGUUCCAGCCACUCUUCACUGUCACGCAGACCCUGGAGUCCCUGGCUCUCACCUUGCCAUGGGUCCCCCUCCACCUUGCCGCACAUAGAUAGCAGCAGGCGUGAUCACACAUGCACACCAACAUGCAUGCCGAGGGCACAUGCUCAAGAUAUGUGGACACCCCAGCGUGUGUGUGUACUUGUGUAGAUGUAUGUAGAUGCCCUGACCCUCUUUUUGCUGCCACCUUCAUCCUGUGUGUCUGAACUUCCCUCUCUAUCUGGUUGCUGUGCUGACUGUAGUAGCCCACCAUGACCCAACAUGUUCUGUGUGAAUAGACGUGGAUGCUGUGUGGUGUGUGUGUGUGUGUGUGUGUGUGUGUGUAGAUCUGUGCCCAUACAGUGUGUGUACAUAGAGUUCUGUGAGUGUGAAAAACCAAUGCAAAAGGAAUUCCUCUACUGACCUUCUCUCCUAUCUGCUACAUUUGGAGUGGGAGGUAUGUGUGAGGAUAAUUCACAUCCUCAGAGGAUCCAGGGAGGCCCAGUGACCAUGCCACACAUCGUAUGUGAUGUAGAACAACCUCUCUUGGCUUGGUUACUGUCAGGGGUCACAUCAUGUCCUGGGGACUCUCUCUCAGCACUCCCCCUCAGCCUCUGUGUGUGUGUGUGUGUGUGUGUGGUGUUGGGUCUUGGAGUUCAGGGGAAUCAAGUGGAAGCCUAUGUGUGUAAAUGAUAAACAGCUUGGCUUAGUUUGGAUGAAAUGUGUAUUUUCCUUAACAAAUGAUGUAAAGGGCUUCUGCACAAGAUGUGUAUGUGUGUAUGUGUGUAUAUGUGUGUAGUGUAUGUGUGUAUAUGUGUGUGUGUGUGUGUCUGAAGUGUCGAUGGUUUUCUCCUCAGACAGAGCCCUCCACGCUGUGAAUCAGACACUAGUUUUAGGUGGGUACAGACACCUGUUUCUAAGCUAUCUUGAAUAUGACUGUAUGUGUGCAUGUGUGCAUCCUUAGGGACUUUACAUAAUGUGUCUCUGCUUCUAUAUGUCACACACACACACACACACACACACACACACACACACACACACACGCCCAGACCUCUUUAAGGCUGUUCCCAUUCAGGUUUGUUUCUUCAGGCUCAGUUGCUUCCUCUCCAUCUCGUCAAAGCAGAAGCCACGCACACUGCUCCAUCAAAAGUGUGUGACUGGAGCUUCCUGCCUCAUCAGACAAUCUGAUAGGGAAACACAUACCCAGAUUCUUACUUUUCUGUUUCUGCCUGACAGCAGAACUGAGCCUUGGACAACUAGCACACACUAGUGUGCUCAUAAAUGCUGAGGCUGAGGAAGUUCCAGAAAGGUGGCCACACGUAGGUGCUGGGGCCUCACACAUAAACAGCAUAGUGCCCUCCUGGGGCCAUGCCCAUUUGUACAUGAGUGUCUCCUGGAGGGGUAUGGUAGGAGUAAUGAAGUUAGAGGUCAAGGCAUGUGGAAAAUCAUGGUAUUUCCCCUUCCUGCCUCAGACUCUCCUUAGAAACUAGUGUUUCUCCUCACUGCCCAGUUGAUGCUUUGAAUUUUCUCAAAAAACUUGUGUUUGGGGAAGUGGGUUUCACGUAUAUCUGAGUGGCCCCUUAGGGCCAUCCUUGAACCUGUCCCUUGGACGUGUCUUCUGCUGAAACAUCAGCCUUGGCCACAGCCACAGCUGAGUGACUGCAUGGUGACAGAGACUGUUCUGGGGCAGUAAGGAAUGGAGGGACUCUUACAGUGUGUGCAUAGCUGUGCAGUUUAUGGUUUCUUUGGGAGCAGGUAGGAGAUAAAUGGGAUAAAGGACAGAGCUAGCAGUCCUAUGAACAUGGAGGUGAUAUACAGAGGUGUGUGUGUCCUGCUCUGGGGCAGGGUAACCACACGAAGUGUAUGUGUACACAAGUGCAUGCAGAACUUGAGGAGAAGGGACCCUACAAAUAACACCUUCCAGAUAACUAGACUCUUCUGAGCUAGCUCUGACAGUUGAUCUCUUUCCUGCCUGGCUGUUUGAGCCCUGUCCACCUGGUGUGUGUGUGUGUGUGUGUAUGUGUUUAUCCAUGUUCACAUGUAUGUAACCCCAGAUUAGCUGUGCCGAGGAGGGAGCCUGUCUAUCCAUUCCAGAAUACUCUUCUGCAGGGCCCAGAGCCUCCUGCUCCCACCUUUGGCUUCUUCAGAGAUGUCAGAAGAGGCCUCAGGACCCAGUUCCCGUCUUCUUUGAGCCCAGCCAGUCAGAACUCCCAUUAACCCAAAUGUUUGUAGCAGCCUCCCUGACACCCCAAUCAUGGUGUUCACAAGGACAGGACUGUGGCUGCCAUGCUGCUCCUGCCUCUUGGAGUGACUCUGGGCCCACGGCUACCCGGCACUGGGCCUCAAGUGAAUGAGCAGUCCCUGAGAGUUUGCUGUAACCCAGCUUUCUACAAGACCCACACAUCACAUGAUGGACAUGCUUGUUGACUGCUGUCCACAUGUGUAUCCUCGAUGGUUGUCUGGGGGCUGGUGUCUGUUGCAUGUUCUCAGAUGUGUGCUGCGUGCCCUCCACACUCCCCCCUAAAUCAUCAAGCCCAAUUAUGCCCCUUUGGUGGUCCCAGGCCCAAGCCAGGACUCAAUGCUUCCAUUCUCCCUUCCCUUGCCUCUUACAAAGCACACUGCGUGUCCAUCUCAUGUGCCCAUGGGUUAUCAUGCUCCCGUCAUACCUUGAGCGUGUACACAUGUGUGUUCUAUGCACUUGCCCUGCCCAACCUACCCAACAGAGGACAAGAUGGUCGGCCCCUAGCUCCCUUCUCCCCCACUUAGCCUCUCCCCACACCCCGCUGUGCAGCUGUGUGCGUUGGUGUGUUUCUGUGUCGCUGGCGUGUCAUGUGAUGUAGCCAUGUUUGCUGACAUGAGCCCCUGCCCCCUUCUCUUUUUCUCCAUUGGUUUCUAGAACUCUCUUCCUCCCCUCCCCUGAGGGGACAGGACUGCUGGGGCCUAGCUAGGGGCCUGAGCCUGACCACCCUCCUGUUAGCCCUCAGAGUCUUAUUUCUCUCUAUUGGUGACCAAGUUGCAAAUGGAUAAAAUACAGGAAAUUCUGACCCCCUGCCCCAGACCUGCAUGUCCUGUCCCCAGUGCCCCCGAACCCCAUCCUGGGCCGGGUUGGGCCUGGCAGGACGGGAGAAAUAGCAACUAAUCCAACAGCG